GUAAGGAAUGUAACAUUUAGUUUUUGUAAAAUAGAUUUAGUAAUCUAAAUUGCCAGCAUGGAAUCCUUCAGUGUGCCCGAGGUGGACAUGAUGACCGUGUCCAAGAACUCGCAAUACGAGCGAGAGUCGCUCCUGAAGUUCUCGCCACCGGUGGGACUGACCAACAUCAGCUACGGCGGCAUGUACAAGGUGGACUCGUUCUACCUGGAGUGCCAGAAGUACCGCGACCAGUUCCGCGAUCCCUACAACAAGCUGCUCCGCCCCAAGAUGUUCCAAGCGUACAGGGGCAAGUGCGGCAUUAAGAUAGAUCCCGAAUUGGAGCGACUGAAGCGACCCGCUGGCUCGCAUGUGGAGUCCAUUCCGGUGGUCUAUCCCAUGGAGUACGGCCGGCAGAUGGACUUCGACAGGGGCUUCCGGAUGGAGGGACGCAACAGCAGGGAAUCGGCCAUCGCCCGCAGGUAUCCCUGUGUGCGUGUGUUGGGCAGAUAGAUUUUCCCAUCUAAAUUGCAAGUUACU